GGCUUUUAUUUAUAGUUAGGGUUUGGGUUUGACCAUAGCAGUUGGGCUUUAGAUAUAUUUAAAUGGGCUUAAGCCCACUUUUCUCAUCAAGACGUAAUUUUCCGAUGCCAACUUCAUACCACGGCCUUGAAAUCUUGAUUCCUACCACCCAAAAAAAUGUCCGACGAAGGGCGGCAGUACGAUUCCGGCGAAGAACAUACCCGUGAUGUCGUUAAGGGUAAGCCGUAUGAUAAGAACAUAGCUUCUGAUACCGCCAAUCAGCUUCCGGAGGAGGCGACCACCUCUGCCACCGACGGCGUUGACAGUAAAAAUGAUAACAUCGCUUCCACGUCUUCUUCAUUAGCCAAGGGCUUAUCUUACACCAUAUCUACUAUAAUUAGGGAUUUCGAUAGUCAAGCCCAACAGACUUCUCGAAGUCAAGAUCAGCUAUCUUCCUCCAUCGAUCGUCUCACCCGCGAAUUGGAUCAACUUCUAGCAGAUGCACCAUCGCCUUUCAUCAUGCAGCAUGCUGCAAAAAUAUCUGGUGUUAGAAAACGAGUAUCAUCUCUAAAUUUAGUUUUGAAGUCCAUACAAAGGCGUGUUGACAAUAUUGAUCGAUUGCUCUCAUCUGGUUUGCCUAAAGAUGAAAUAGCUAGUGGAAGUGGAAGUGGAAGUCCUGCAGAACAUUGAUGGAAUUCCGUUUGUUUGAAAGUGAAAGAUGUAGAGGUAGUAAUUAGUAACACUGAUAUUUCUAUAAGGGCUAAAAGAAAUAUCAAUGUACUUCCAUUUAUUUGUGUAUUAUAGCAUUCUAUUUUCAUUUUUUGGUAGACCAUUGAAGUUUCGGUUUUUUCUUCUUUCUAAAGGGUUGUACUUAAAAAAUUCUUCUAUAUCAUUGUACUUUCAUUUUUUUUUUCUUAU